CAACCCUUCCCCUUUUUUUCAACUGGUAGUUGAGUACAGCACCGUUUCCGUUAAAUUAAACGUUCCAGAACGUAAAAACGUACUGAAUGCAGCCCAGGUUCAGUGAUCCUUUCCCAUUUUUUUGUAGACGUGUUCUAGUGAAGUGUAGGCUGAAGUUAAGUGUCCACAGCCGGUGUUUUGCUUAUUGAGUGGGAUAUAAAUGAUCCCGCCGCUCGUUUUACCAGGCUUUGCGUAGAGUAACCUCCUUUCAGAGUAACCUCCUAGCCUCCUUUCAGAACUCUAAAAGGAGGCUAGUAGACAUGUUGUUGGCGAAGCAGAGCCAGCAUUGGCCAGCUAACCUUCAAGCUUAGGUUAUAGUAGCUAGAAAGAUAGGUACAUAUUGUCCUCUCCUGGAUGGUCACCAGCCUGCCAGAGCACUGGAAGUCAGGUCCAGACUUCUACAGCGUGUUCUGUGAACCCGUGCUGGUCACUGCAGGUGCCGGGGUCAUCGGCUUCCUCUUCUGGAGUAGCAUUCUAUCUGUCAAAAGCAAGUCAUAUCUAAUUACUGAAAAAGAGCUGGUGGACAGGAUGAAAAUGCUUGAACAAGAGAAGAAGGAGAUACUCCAAAAGGUCGCUGAACUGCAGCAACGGGGCGAAGAACUUAAAGAAAAUCAAAAGCUGUCUGAAAAAUCUGCCACUUUCUCUCUGGAGAAGAUCCAGGAUUUGGAGAAUAUUGUGCAAGAGAUGGAGAGACAAAAUGAGCGCCUGGAUGAGGAAAAUCACUUACUCGCCAUAUCCUUUGACAAAGAGCGGGCCAACACUGCGAAACAUGACGAUAUGAUGUCCGAAAUGGACAAAACCAUUGAGAAGUUGAAGCGCAGCAAGAAGAAGACCCAGGACGCACUCUCCAAGUCUACCAUUCUGAUGGAUGAAGUCAAGCUCCGUGAAGAUGCCCGGAAUGUCCAGCACCAGGUUCUGGAGAAGGAUAUUGCCACCCUGAAGGAGGAGAACCUCUCGCUGCACCAUGCUGCCAAGUUGUGGGAGGAGAAGCACAGGGAGACAAGAGAGCAGAUCAAAGUCUACCACAAGUCUCAGAAAGACCUGGAGGAUUCCCUCGUUCAAAAGGACCACAACGUUGAGGUUCUGUCUGACCUGCUAGGAGACCUGGAGGCCUGCGAUGACCUGAAAGGUGGAGUUGUGGCUAACGGGGAAGCCUUUAACGACAAGCAGACCAUCAUCCAAAACCGCGUUAAGCAAAUGAUGGUCGUCUCUCGGAACUUUCCACAGGUCCAGACCACUCUGUCUGUUGUGGAGGAAGAGCGCGAUCGCUUCAUGACCAAGCUGCUGAACGAAGAGAAGUCCAGGAAAGAGCUGGAAGAGCAAUUUCAGAAGUUGGAGCAUGACAUCUUGUUGGUGAAAAGUGACAAGAACCACCUGGAGAACCAGUACAAGACCCUGCAGCAGAAGAAUGACAUCAUGACUGAGAUGUACCAGCAGAAGGAGAACGCUUUGCAGCAGAAGCUGACCAAGGAGGAGUUUGAGCGCCCCAACAAGGAAGACCGGCUGACGAAGGUGGACAGCAAGGCCCUAGAGGAGGAGGUCAAGGUGUGUAGGCAGCGCGUUAAAGAGAUCCAGGAUAAGCUGAAACGGACCGAGAAGUCCUACAAAGCCCAGAUCAUUAAGCAGGAGCAGAAAUCUCACGAGAACUGGGCGAUUGCACGCGCCGCAGAGCAAGCUAUGUUCAACGAGAAGAAGGAAAACAUUCACCUUCAUAACUUACUGACUUCCAUGUCCAGCAAGCUGAAUGAGCUCCGUAGGCCUCUGUUCAAGCCCACCCUUGGGAUGGCUCCCAUGCCUCUCCGACGAGGACCACGACCUUGCGGCCGUUACCCUCCUGACCACAAACACCCAGUGGCUUCUAGACCUGACACCAUGGCCCCAAGUACAUCCUCACCAAGCGAUCUGGGCAGCUCGACCGCUCCACUAGAGUCACAGGCUGAGGCCCAGGCCUCCACAGAGAACCCAGAGGCAAACACUCGACCUCAGGGUCCUGGCUCCCUGCUGGUCUCUCCCAUCAGGCCCCCCCCCGACUCAAGACCCGGCCCCCUCAGACCAGUCAUCAGCCAUCCCUCCGGACUCUGCUACCGUCCCAUUCCCGGACGCCACCACAUCCCUCCUCCCCCACCCUUCAUGCCUCCCGUGUACCGACCAGACAACGGACACUCAGGCAUGAUGCCUCCUGGACCCCCACCGCCUAACGGACACCCAUUGAUACCACCCGGACAUCGGCGUCCAACUCCUGGUGCUUACAGUCCCCCUUCCCCACACAACCGGUACCUUCCUCCACCUUCUCACUAUGAACCGGUGCCUCCCCCAUUCGGUGUUUCCGGCAGCACUCCUAUGGCCCGACCCAUGGGACCCCCACAUACCUACGUGCACUAUGGACCACUUGAUCACUCCAUCCUGCCCCCUGGGGGGGCCCCAUACCCUCAUGUCGGCCCCAGAGACUUCCCUAUGCAGCCACAGGUCCCACAUGGCCAUGACUCUUCAGUGGGCCCCCAGCCCGGCGCUGGCCCCCAGGGCCAGGGGCAAGACUAUAGGUCCCAGCAGGCAACAGCUGCCCCCCAGGACUCAGACAGCUCUGCCAUGGCAGAGCCUUAGACACCUACCAACCAUUAACGACCCAGCGACAUUUAAUCAACCAAACAACAGAAGUAUCUAAAAAGUUAGUUCCUAUUAAAGCAUCAGAAAAUCAAUGUCUUAUGUUUCUUGUCUGAAAUGUAAUAGACUUGAAGAGGAGUAGUACUGAGGCUUGUUACUCUGCAAGAGGUCCUAUUGUGCAAUAACAUUUCUAUUGUGUGACUGAGCUUUUUAUAAAAGGUUAUUAUGUUGAUUUUUGUAUUCAUUUCACAAUGUUAUCAUGGUUUCCUGUGGAAAUUAUUAUUAAAAAGAAAUGGAGCCCAAGCUUUUGGGUUGCUUGAUCAAUCAUUUCAGAAGUACCAUAUUAUCUGAGCUCUUCCCAAAACUCUCUUCAGAAUGAACUGAAAGGGAAGGUUGAAAGUCAGAUGUAAUUUACUGUUCUUAGGAUAUUUUAUUAAUAAAACUGGUAAAAGAUACUGCAGUUUUCUAUUGUUCAUAUGACGCAUAUGACAACUUUUGCGAUCCAUUUUAGUUUGAAAGGAAAUGUCUGACAGUGCAUUUUGUUUUGUAUGGGUAGCUGCAUUACAUGUGAAAGGCCAGUAAAUCACCCACUAACUGAACACCUGUCAUAUUACAUUGGUUUCACAUUUGUUUCUUUUUGUUAUGUUACAUCAGGAAUGCAUCACAUUUUUUCUAUUUAUUAUCAAUAAAAAGAAAAUAACC